AGCGCUCGGUGCUGCAGUCCGGCCUCAGAUAACAACACUGCGACCAAGGAGAGGUUCAGCUGCCCCAGCGAAGGCACCUAGAAGUCAGGCCACCUUCCAGGGUUGGAGAUGCCUGCGUGACUCAGGGACUUCCUCAGGGCUYGCAGCCGUGUGUGUGACCCGGACAGUGAUUUGUGACUUCACGGAGAAGAUGAGACCUGCAUGGGCAAGACAUGGCAGUCUCUGUAAAGCUGUGGACCUCUGUACACUGUAGUGUGACAAAGACAACUGGGCAGACAAAGUGUUUAGGAACAAAUCCCUAAUUUGAAGAGCAUGUUCAUGUAUGAACUUGCUGAACAAGCCUGCAAAUCAGAUCAUCAACAUGGAAGGUGACAACACCAGUCAAGACUGUUUGAAAGUCUGUAAAAUGAAGAAGAAGGUAUUGAGGAAGCAGGUCAGAGCCCAGCACACACUGAUGAGGCAUGAGGGCAUUGAGUGCGUCUCCCAUGCCACACAGAGUUUGGUUGUUGCCAAUGCUGGUCUUGGUAAUGGGAUGAGCAGACACCAACUAUUCAAAAUAGUGGAAGAGUAUGGGUUGGUGGAAACCCUCUUAAUGCCACCGAAUAAACCAUAUUCAUUCGUGAAAUACGAGACCACAGCAGAAACCAAGAAAGCCUUUGAUGCCCUCAAUGGUAAAGAAGUUACAUUGGAAGACUCCAGCCAAAAUAUUGUUCUAUAUGUUAAUUUUGUGGAAAAAGUUUCUUGGAAAAAUGUGGUGCCUACAAGCUUGCCUCCAGGCCUAACAGUGGUUGAAAAUGUUAUUUCUCCUGAGGAAGAAAGGCGGAUGUUGGAAAGCAUUGACUGGAUGGAAGAUAAAGAUACUSAAAAAACCCAGAAGACUUUAAAACAUAGAAGAGUAAAGCAUUUUGGAUAUGAAUUUUGCUAUGAUAGCAACAACAUUGAUAAAAAUAAACCUUUACCUGGAGGUCUCCCUGAAAUUUGCAACCUAUUCUUGGAGAAGUGCUUGAAGCAGGGAUAUAUCAAACAUAAGUCUGAUCAACUGACUGUAAAUCAGUAUGAACCUGGGCAAGGAAUUCCUCCUCAUAUUGAUACUCAUUCUGCUUUUGAGGAUGAAAUAAUCUCUUUGAGUUUAGGAGCCAAGAUUGUGAUGGAUUUCAAACACCCUGAUGGCCGUACCGUGGCAGUUAUGCUGCCCCAACGCAGUUUGCUGGUGAUGUCUGGAGAAUCCAGAUACCUGUGGACACAUGGGAUAACACCCCGAAAAUAUGAUGUCAUUCAAGCAUCUGAGCUUGGCCAGAAGGUUGGAGCAAUCACUGCCGAUGUUGGAGAUUUAACAUUACAUCGAAGGGAAACAAGGACAUCAUUUACAUUCAGGAAAGUGAGGAGAAGCCAUUGCAAUUGCAUUUACCCAUCUGUUUGUGACAGCCGGAAAGGACAGCAAAGACAGGGACAACCUUCAGUUCCCCUCAGUGAGAUGGAGGCCUUAAAGCUGGAGCAAGAACAUGUACACAAGGUGUAUGAAGAGAUUGCAACGCACUUCAGCAGUACCAGGCAUAGCCCAUGGCCCCAAAUUGUAGAGUUUCUCCAGUCAUUGCCAACGGGGGCAAUAGUGGCUGACAUUGGUUGUGGUAAUGGGAAAUACCUAGGGAUCAACAAAGACUUGUACAUGAUUGGCUGUGAUCGCAGCAAAAACCUUGUGGAUAUUUGUGGAGAAAAAGGAUUCCAGGCCUUUGUCUGCGAUGCCCUGGCAGUGCCAAUCCGGAGUGGCUCCUGCGACGCCUGCAUCUCCAUUGCCGUCAUCCACCACUUCUCAACAGCAGAGAGGAGACUGGCUACGAUCCGUGAAUUAGCCCGUCUUCUGAGACCCGGUGGAACAGCCCUCAUUUAUGUCUGGGCAAUGGAACAAGAAUACAGAAAACAGAAGUCUAAAUACCUUAAGGAAAAGAGUGAUAGCAAAGGCAAGGAGGAGGAGAUGAAUCCUGAUGCCACCUGGGGACUGCCACGUGAUGGAGCACCUGAUGGCAGCAGCCAGGACUCGAGGAGCUCCCACUGUCCCCUUAGGGACUCCGAGGCCAAAGGCCGUGAUGCAGAACCCGUGGCAGCCUCCGUGCUGCCUGUUCACACCAACAGAACCUCCUUCCACUCUCAAGACUUGCUGGUUCCSUGGCACCUGAAAAGUGACCCUAAAAAGAAGGGGGGAGGUGCUGUUGCUGCUAAACUGUUGUCUCCGGUGGCCUCUGAGGAAUCCCGGGAACUCAGCCCUGUUUUCCACCGUUAUUAUCACGUAUUCUGUGAAGGAGAGCUGGAAGCAGCUUGCAGAGCCUUGGAUUGUGUGAGGGUUCAAAAAAGUUACUAUGAUCAGGGAAACUGGUGUGUGGUUCUGGAAAAGCUGUAGGCUUAUGUUGCUUCCUCCCUUGCCUGGUUUUUACAGAUGUAGAAGUAUUUUUAAUGCAGGCUGCAACUGCCACCUCUUUUUUUAAUAGCACAAUAAACAGUAUAUAUUGAAUUUAUUAACUGAGUUAUAAACAGGAUGUGUCACUGUGUGCAUGURUUAAUGAAAAAAAUGGCCAAAACCAGAUAGUAACUCAGGGUGUUUAUUUUGCUGCAGUGAGGAGCAGGAGAAAGAAAUAAGUGUAUAAAAGGCUCAACAUGGAAAUCAGCAAGACCAGCAAUCAGCUGGGCCCUUUUCAAAUAUAAAGGGCCUGGUUCUCCAUUCUUUUAUUUCACUUAUACAGCUGGGGCUGCAGUAGCCUCCCAGUAGCUAUCUGGAAUAGAGACCUGAUCUGAUUUUUACAACUGGAGAA